UCAUGAAGAAGAAGGGGGCCGACAGCAGACUGCUGUGAACACUGCAGUACAUGCGACCGUACAACCGCUCCGAGCCUGUGUUCAUUUUUCUCCAACAGCAGCGACGACGCGGAGGAAAACAGACGGCUGUGUUUUCAAGUGAAGUGUCGGAGACGAUUUCAACGCGUCCGGAAAUCCUAACUCUCCGGUACCGCACGAACGGAGCUGUGUGUGGUAUUUGCGGGGCUGCAGAGGAUCGACACAUAAACCCUUCUGAUUACUCAGUGGAACGGUUUUUCCGAUCACAGACAUCACACCGGAGCCAAAGGUGCAGUGGGGGCGAGGCUGCUCUCAGGUCAGAACAAACCCGUCACCAUGGAUGUGGAUGAGGAGGAGAAUAUGACUCCUCCCCCCUGCACUCCUCCCCUGCACUCCCUCAACCCAACCUACAAUCCCACUCAUGCACACUGCGGCCUCUCUUUCUCCUGAGUACCGCAAGGAGUAACCUAUCAAGCCUUUGCUGAAGGAUGUUAUAAAUGAAAAUUUUUGCCAAUAUUCCAUCCACUUUGCUAACUGGAUUCAGUGAUAUGUGUUCCCCUUGUACAGUAUAUUUCAGAACCUGCAGUUUAAAGGCAAACACUAAAAAUGUACCUAAUUUCUCUGUAGGCACUCAAGAGAUUAAAAAUUGAUAGAGUGGAUGAGGAAAAGCUAUGUGUGCGUGUGUGUUUGUGUGUCUUUGUUGAGUGUUGAUAUGCGUGCUCGUAUUCGUGUGCAUUUGUGUUUGAGACCCAUAACACUGUGCAACCUGAAAAGUGUACAGUAGUGGUGUUUCUUGAAAAUAUAUUUCUCCUACUUCACCCUGACUAUUAGAGUAAUAAGCUACAUAAUUACAACUUUAAUUAUGGAGAUACGUUAAGAGUUUAAUUUCAAAAUUAAAAACCAUUGUACCAAAAAAAUCUCGGAAGUGCUUUGAAUGUUGGACACGGUACACUUCUGAGAGUGCACCAUAGAUGAUAUUCUACUAUUUGCAGUAAUAUCAGUAGACUAUAGGUCAAGAUGAUCAAUGAAAUUAAAAGCCAAUUUCUCUUGCUGUGAUAAAGGAACACAAAUCAUUGGUUCAGUUCCAAAGAGUGAUAAAGGAAUCUAUAAAUUUUGCAUUUACAAGAUCCUGCAACGAAGGCGUUGUAAGUUACUCUUUCUGGGCACCGCAGGUUCGAGCAGCACCGACGUUAAGGAAAACCGAAACCUGGACAACGUGUCCUGCAAAGACGGGCUGGGAGUGGCUGAACAGCUCCCCAAUGGAAGCGGCCUGGGCAGUCGAAAGCGCCCCCUAGAGGAGGGGAACAAUGGUCACACACACUCCAAGUUCCGGGCCAAGAAGCGCAAGAAAACCCCAGGGCCAGUCCUGCCCAAGAACGCUCUGAUGCAGCUGAACGAAAUCAAACCGGGUCUACAGUACAAACUGCUGUCUCAGACAGGGCCAGUCCAUGCGCCGGUUUUUGUCAUGACUGUGGAGGUCAAUGGACAGAUGUUUGAGGGCAUGGGCCCAACAAAGAAGAAGGCUAAACUGAAUGCAGCUGAGAAAGCUCUGCGCUCCUUCGUCCAGUUCCCCAAUGCCUCUGAGGCACACCUGGCCAUGGGUCGAACACUGACAGUGAACACAGACUUCACAUCUGACCAAGCUGACUUUCCAGAUAUGCUCUUCAACGGCUUUGAGACACCAGCCGCACCUGAAGAAUCCUUCUAUCUCGGCUCCAAUGGUAGCAGCUCCUUAAACUCACUAGGGGAGUACCCACUGCCCACGCCACCUGGCAGCAACCUUGUCCAGGCCCCAUUGCCCCCUCCAUCGGCAUUCAACUCGCCCUCCAGUGGCAAAAACCCAGUCAUGAUCCUCAAUGAGCUCAGGCCAGGCCUCAAAUAUGACUUUGUCUCAGAGAGCGGGGAGAGUCAUGCCAAGAAUUUUGUGAUGUCAGUAACGGUGGAUGCACAGACGUUUGAAGGCUCAGGGCGCAACAAGAAGCUGGCUAAAGCCCGGGCAGCGCAAGCCGCUCUCUCAGCUCUCUUCAACAUGCAGCUAGACCAGACACCAUCCCGGCAACCCAUACCACGAGAGGGUUUGCAGCUUCACCUACCCCAGGUUCUGGCUGAUGCCGUCUCUCGCCUGGUGGUGGAUAAGUUCAGUGAGCUGACAGACAACUUCACCUCCCCCCAUGCACGACGGAAAGUCCUAGCAGGGGUCGUCAUGACAACAGGGACAGAUGUUAAGGAAGCACAGGUCAUUUGUGUCUCCACGGGAACCAAAUGCAUCAACGGUGAGUACAUGAGUGACCGUGGCCUGGCGCUCAAUGACUGCCACGCUGAGAUAAUCGCCCGGCGCUCGCUCAUCAGGUACCUCUACACUCAGCUGGAGUUCUUCCUCAGCAACACUAAGGAGGACCACCAGAAGUCGAUAUUCAUGCACUGUGACAAGGGGGGCUACAGGUUAAGGGACAACGUUCAGUUCCACCUCUACAUCAGCACCUCGCCCUGCGGAGACGCCAGGAUCUUCUCCCCACACGAGGCCGGAGUGGAAGACCAAGGAGACAGACAUCCUAACCGGAAAGCUCGGGGCCAGCUAAGGACCAAAAUUGAGUCAGGGGAGGGCACCAUCCCCGUGAGGUCCAGUAACACAAUCCAGACCUGGGACGGGGUGCUGCAAGGAGAGAGGUUACUCACAAUGUCCUGCAGUGACAAGAUCGCAAGGUGGAAUGUGGUGGGCAUCCAGGGCUCUUUGAUGAGCUACUUCACAGAGCCAGUCUACUUCUCCAGCAUCAUCCUCGGCAGCCUUUACCACGCUGACCACCUCUCCCGGGCCAUGUACCAGCGCAUCGCAGAUAUUGAGGACCUGCCACAGCAGUUCACCCUCAACAGGCCUUUACUCAGUGGUAUAAGUAAUGCAGAGGCCAGGCAGCCAGGCAAGGCACCAAACUUCAGUGUGAACUGGACGGUGGGCGACCAGGCCCUCGAGGUCAUCAAUGCAACCACAGGAAAGGACGACAUGGGCCGAGCUUCACGUCUUUGCAAGCACGCCCUCUACAGCCGCUGGGUGCGCCUACACUCGAAGCUGUCAUCCAUCUUGCGGAUCAAGGUGCUGAAGCCCAGUUCCUACCAUGAAGCCAAGCAGGCAGCGACAGAGUAUCACUCUGCUAAGCAGGCGCUCAUCAAGGCCUUCCACAAGGCCGGCCUGGGGGCGUGGGUCAAAAAGCCCAUUGAGCAAGACCAGUUCACCCUCAGCUCCUGAGGGAGUCAAGGGACCAAUGCAUUCCUAUACCCCCCACUCCUUCCCCCCUGACCCAGGCCUGAAAGCAAGAGAGCCCCUUAUUAACAGCCCGCCCACACAGACACUUACCUCCGUCCCAUGUGUCGGCACGCACGUGCACUUUGUACUGUGGAAAUAAACGUGCGUAGUUUCACAAACCAUCCAUAGCUCGUCAUUCUCAUUCCUCAGAGGACCUCAGCCUCACCGUGUCUCCUCCUUUUUAUUUUUAUUUUUAAUGGAUGGUGUUUUUCAUCUACUUGUUUUCUGUUUUAAAACUGGAAUCCAUGGUUUUUACACCAGUCAGUUGUUUAUGUUUCCCAGAGAAAUCAUGUUUAACAUGUGAAAGUUGAAAUUAUACAGUUUUUGUCUAUUUUCUUGAUCAGUGAUUGUAGCCAGUUUAGGGUGAAAUGUAGCCUAGAAACACAGGAUCUUUGUCAAGUAAAUCCAAUGUGUAUGGACCUAAAAAAUAUAUAUAUACUUGCUAAAAUUAACAACUAUGACGAACUUUAAUUUAAAGAUGCAUAAAUCUUCAGGAUGUAAAUCUAGUACUGAAAAGAAAGAGAACAUAAAAUAGUUAUAACAUUUAAUGUGUGUCAUUUGGUCCGUUGCUUAGGUGAGACUACAUGUUGUUAGCCCCUGUAUUAAAGAUGAAAAUGUUACACAAUAUUGUCGCCCUGUUUGAUUCACUGACUGGAAGGAAUAUACAGUACAGGCCAGGUGACACUGCAGUUUAGUGAACUUUUGUUUAUUUUUAAUGUCUUAUUCAUUCAUUCAUGCAUAUGUUCUGUAAGUUAUUUUACGCCACUCUCAUUUCAUACUUGAACACUGGGGGGUCAUGUUGACUCCUUCCCUCGCCUGGGUCUUGGGACAAGCUUUGGGAGGUGCUGCACGUUGUAUUUUUUUCUUGAUCUAAGCCAUGGCUUUGCAUGGGAACUGAACUGGGAGGCCUGCAGAGCAGAAAACAUGCGGUGGAGAGCCCCGUGCAUCCAUCAGUGAAUGAUUUUGAAUGAAUGCCAGCAUCUUCCUCCACAGGCAGCUUUGAAUCUGUGUCUCUGUUUUCUAGAUUUCUUGUGACUUAUUGUUUGUUUGUUUUGGGGGGAGGGAACGGGACAGUUUUUUUUUUUGUUUGUUUUUCUUAAGAUUGGGCAUUUGAGGAUAGGGGAUAACACUGCAGUGAAAAUAGUGAUAGUAUAAACAGACCUCUCAGAUCUUGUAACUAUGUCACUUUGUGGAUGGGAUCCAUGAUAGCCGUCAGUUGAACUAUCCAUAGGAGGCAUGGUCUGUGUACUGUAGUGCCACGUACAGUACCGUAUAUGAAGUUACACUCACUAGAUACCACAUUAUGCCAGUCUGUAGUGAUUGUCUGAGAUGCAAACAUGUUGUAAUCCCUCCACAUAACUCUCUCUCUCUGGAAACACCUGGAGGAGCAGUGAAGUACCAUGCAGUCCCUGUGUGAGCAGACUGAAAGUUGUAUGCUAACACAGUACCUGAUCAACUCUGCCAGUUGGUUACAACCAAAUGUCUCACAGUGUGAUGUCAUUUUUCGUCCUCCUCUCUUCUACUUCAGAAACACGUUAGUUGCGUAGCUCGAGAAGACCUUUGUGAUUUGGUUCGACACCUGUACACCCUGAGUGCAUCAAUGUCCUCAUGUUUUAAAUGUGUUAAUGAGGACCAGUUUCCACGUGAACCGCAGUCAAUUCCUAUUCCAAGCUGUAGGAAAAUGUAUGCGUGUGUGGGUGUGUGUGUGUGUGUGCAUGUAUGUGUGUGUGUAUGUGUGUGCGCAAUCUCUGUGUGCUCAGGCGUCUUUAAGCAUACUCUGUGGAAUCUUCACCAAAGAUGAUGAUGUCCAUGUGUGUUUCUGUCCCAGUGUUUUCCUUACAAAGAUGUUUUUUUUAAAUAUAUUUUACACUUUUUUUUUUCUUUUUUUUUUUUGGGAUCAACAUUUAUUUGUUUUUUUUGUAUAUCCACUGACCAAUGUACUUUUUGAUUUGUACAAAAACAGUGUAUUCAAUCCAAUAUGGGGGAAAUUGAAUUGUCAGGCUUCUUUAGUGCAUCUGUUGCUGUCGGUGGCCACGUGUAUAUUGUGUGACCUGCGAUCAUUAUUGCUGCAAUAUAGUAGUUUUGUGUAUAUAAGGAACAACACAAAUGACUAAUUCUGUUCCUGUACAAUCAAUUCAUCCCAUUCUCUUGAAAACUGUUUUUAGAUCUUUCCCUGUUUUCGGGAUAGUGAAGAUGUUCAUGUUCCUAAGUAGGUAUUAGUGGUUCUAUGUGACUCACUGGGCACCAUAAAGCAUGGCACUAACACUGCCGGGGUUAUUACAGGCUUCAUCCCAAUUGUAGCCACCCGUGUUUUAAAAAAAAAAAAAAAAAUGAUAUGCAUUGUAAGGUGCCUGAGCUAAAAGUGGCAUCCACUAGCUGGCACGUGUGAUGUCUUCUAUGUACCUUUUUCACUUAUAUUUGGUUGUUUUAUGAGUCAGUAUUAGAGAACAAGAGGGAAUCUCCCAGACUUGACUUGAAGGUAAAAACCUUGUAAGCAGUGGGAUCCAGUGCCCCCUGACAAAUAGACCCAGACCAAAGUCACAAGCAAUAUUCCUGAUGUCUCCUUUAAUGUCAGCCCACCCCAAACAGGAGUCUGAAUAAGUUUCCUUCCCCCUUUGCUCGUCUCCUGGUAUCUUCUCUCUCCACGAAGCUGUCUGAGGUUUUUAUAUAGAUAUAUAUAGAUAUAUAUAUCUAUAUAUACAUAUUUCCCCCCUAAAGACUGCCUGCUUCUUGAGUUUUGUUUUUCUUUUGACUGCACUAAAGAUGUCAACUGAUGAUGUCAUGAUGAAAAACCGUCCCCGUUUAUGGAUCGGAUGGCAACUAUCACAGCAAGAAAUGAACUGCUUCUGCUUAACCCUUUGUGAAUCCUCAAUGAUGGUCAGUGCCCCCCUCCUCCUCCCCCGCAGCUGCGUCUGCAGUGGGUUUAUUUUUUAUUUUUUUGUUUCGUUUUGUUCGGUGACUCCAGUGGCGCUCAGUGUUUGUCCACUCUGGGUCCACCGCUCCCCGUUCUCCCUCUCUCCAGUUGUCCGAUGUGUGAAAACCUACACCAACAAAAACCACAACCUUGCAUGUACUUCAAACACUGAAGCUGCACCUAGCAUGAUGACAAACUUUUAAAGGACUCGUGUAGAAAAACAAAAAAAUAAAACAGAUAAAGAUAGAUAUAUAAAAUGAACAAAAAAGAAUAAAAGAGUUCUUAGUUUA